CUGGGAAAUACAUGGGAGUCUUGACAGCCAAUCCUUUCUAAGCCUUCAGCAGGAAAUAUGUUGGAAAUUACAGACAUUCAGAAAAUUGGUGUUGGGCUUGUUGGCUUUGGGAUGUUCUUCCUCCUGUUUGGUGUAUUGUUGUACAUGGAUUCAGUGCUUCUGGCCUUUGGAAAUAUCUUGUUCCUGUGUGGCUUGGCUGUUAUAAUUGGAUUAAGAAGAACUUUUGGAUUCUUCUUCCAAAAGGAGAAGCUUAAGGGAACCAGUUUCUUUCUAGGAGGCAUAAUCAUUGUUCUGCUUCGGUGGCCUCUACUAGGCAUGCUGUUGGAGACCUAUGGUUUCAUUAAUCUCUUCAGGAGCUUUUUCCCAAUUGUUUUUGGAUUUCUGGGAUCGUUGGUGAAUAUCUCAUUUUUGAACAAGCUGUUUCAGAAAUUUGGAGACACCAGCUCUGCAGUGUAACUUGACUGAAUGACUUGUUACCAGAGACAAGCUCCCUUCUUACAAGCACAGACAUUUUUUAUGAAUAGCCUGCUACCUCAGUAGUACAUUUUAUUUAGUGCUGAUUUAAAUAAUUGAUAUGAUAACUGUCAGCAAUGUA